AUGAGCGGCAGUGGAGCGGGACCAUUAGUCCCAACCUUUCAUGGCUUCGUACAUAACAGCAUGGAUGGUCUGAUGCUCUUCGAGGCUUGUCUGAGCGGCAAGCUGCAUCAUGUACCCCGGCGACCACACGACAGAGAAAGGGCGCAGCUUAUCAAGAGCGGUAGCAUCUUCAUCUAUGAAGAGAACGCAUCUGGGAUCAAGCGCUGGACUGAUGGCGUGGCCUGGAGCCCAAGUCGUAUACUCGGCAACUUUCUCAUCUAUCGGGAGCUUGAAAAACCCUUCCCGCCCGGAGAGAAGAAGCGCGCGAUGAAGCGCAAGCGUAUGACGAUACCUGGCGAGCCGUAUCCACGACGAGCUUCAGAUGAGACGGAGGAGGCAUCCGGCACCGACCAGGAUAAGGAACUGGAGCGCUCAUUGAUCGGGUCUCUGGUCGAUAGCUACGGUUUCAGGCCUGAUGGACUCGUCAAGAAGACGAUGAGUAUAUCUAUUAACGGUAUCUCUCAUCACAUGGUUUCAUACUACAAGGUCGACGAUGUGAAGAACAAUGUUCUCCCGCGGCCCAUGUCAGACCCACGCUUGCAGAACAUCUGCGUUCGCCCAGAGCUAUACCUCAAGCAAAACUUCCGUGCACCGGUGGAGGAA